UGAAAACAGAGGAGAGACGCCAUUGUCACUACCAGCGAAUCGGAGUUUAGGCAACAAAGAUCCUCUGUGAGCUUAAUCUUAGGCUUCACUUAUCGGCAGUCACCGGUGUACAUUUCAAUCAGAGUGUCUGCUGGACGUGACGGAGCAGCAUGGACCCGCGAAAAGUGACCGAGUUAAAGGGCUUCGUACAGAUGUGCGCGUCCAGUUCCGAUAUCUUGCACCUUCCAGAAAUGGCCUUCUUCCGGACCUGGUUGCUGGGCAUGGGUGCAAAAAUCCCACCCAAGUCCAAGUCUGAGAGGUCGUCAUGCCAGGGUGGCUGUCCUUGUGGUCCUCCCCCUACUGCAGCUUCCCCUUCUGAGCCAGAACCUCCGGUACUCUCUGAGAACGAGGAGAGUGAUAUAGAAAUGGACAACGAGGGAGUGAUCGAGCCAGACACCGACGAGCCCCAGGAGAUGGGAGAGUUGAGCAUUGAGGUCACAGAGCAGAUGAUGGAUGAGGCCGAUGAGAAGAAGAUGACGGCCAUUGAUGCUCUCGGAGAAGGUAAUCUGCAGAAAGCCUUGGAUCUUUUAACCGAAGCCAUCAAGCUGAACCCCUGCGUAGCCAUCAUGUACGCCAAGAGGGCCAGCGUCUAUAUCCAGAUGCAGAAACCCAACGCAGCCAUCAGAGACUGUGACCGAGCCAUCAGCAUCAACCCAGACUCUGCACAGCCUUACAAGGGGAGGGGAAAGGCUCACAGGCUGCUGGGCCACUGGGAGGAGGCAGCCAAGGACCUGGCCACGGCCUGUAAACUGGACUACGACGAUGACACCAGUGUAAUGCUGAAGGAGGUCCAGCCGAAGGCACACAAAAUCAUUGAGCACAGACGCAAAUACGACCGUAAGAGGGAAGAGAAGGAGGUGCAGGAGAAACAAGAGCGGGUAAAGAAAGCCAGAGAGGCGCAUGCACGGGCUCAGAGGGAGGAGGACGCCCGGCCAUUCGGAGGAGGAGGAGGAGGAGGAGGUGGAGGAUUCUUCCCAGCGGGUCCUGCUGGAUUCCCAGAAGGAGGAGCCCCUGCCGGCAUGCCUGGUUUCGGUGAACUCCUGAAGGAUCCGGAGCUGCUCAACGCCAUGAAGGACCCGGAGGUCAUGACGGCCUUCCAGGAUGUGGCACAGAACCCGGCAAACAUCGCCAAGUACCAGAACAACCCCAAGAUCAUGGCGCUAGUCAACAAGUUGAGCUCCAAGUUCGGAGCGGCACCGCAGCCGUAGAACCAAAGACGAGUGGAUGGAUGGUGACUACGUUUGGAAAGCCGCAGCGUAUUUCUAUUUUUCCGCUGUGUGCAGGUGAAAUGGGGAUUGGUGUCGGGGAGAGAAAUUGAGGCUACUUUCUAAAUGUUCUUAAAUCAGCCUGUUAGUUCAAACAAAGGUUAGGGGUCAACUUCUUCUGAAUCGCCCCAGCUGGGACUUCACGUAACCGCAGGUUGACGUUUCCUAACGUGUAUAGAAGCUAAACUGGGAGUUGCUGCAUUAAGACGCUGGUUCAAACAUUUCUACAGCCAUUUAUUACAUUGGCUACGGGCCUUUCCUUUCUCCGAACAGAGCCAAACUCUCACGUACAAUGUUUUUGUUAUCGGAUCUAUUAUAAAAUACACACGGAAGAAAAAAAAUGUACUGAUGUUGAUGUCUGACCCUGUUGGAAAAUGACUCCCAAUAAUAAAACCUGUUGCUGCAAUCAGUCUGA